AUGGAUGGAAAUAGGCGAUUCGCGAAGACUCACCAGCUUGGCCAUGUCAUUCACGGCCACGAGAAGGGAUUUCAUCAGCUUGCGAAGAUUUUGGACUGGUGCCAUGAACUGGGGGUGCGAGAAGUGACAGUCUACGCAUUCAGUAUUGAAAAUUUCAAACGGAGCUCUGAUGAAGUUGAUGGUCUGAUGAAACUUGCGGAGGAAAAAUUUAAGAAACUUUUGGAUGAAAAGGACAAGUUGAUGGAGAAAAGGAUUUCGUUUCGGUUCUUUGGUAACAUUGGUAUGCUACCUCCAAAACUGCGUAAAUACAUAGCACAGAUUCAGCUUUUGACGAAAGACUUCGAAAGUGGUGUAGUAAACGUAUGUAUGCCAUAUACUUCGAGAGAUGAAAUGGCUCGUGCUUUCGAACUGAUCAGGAAAGGAAGAGAAAAGGGACUCGUAGCCGAACAUCAGAUAUCAGAGUGGCUAAUUUCUCGCUGUCUGGAUAGCCGACAUGGGACUGAACCAAAUCUGCUUAUUCGAACAAGUGGUGAAAAACGUUUGAGUGAUUUCCUAUUGUGGCAGGUGGUGUGCUGA